AUACUUAUCUUUCCGCGGCGAAGUUUCCCGCUAAAUUUCUGUUAAUGCAACAUUAAUUAAUACCAUCUUUGUUAAGAUUACUGGAGUGAAUAUUAUUGAUAUUGUUUUUUUGGUUAGGUAGGGGUUAUAAUUUUGUGAUCGUACAGUGGUAUUUGCGUUUGAAAGCGCCUACUAGAUUCUGCAUGCAAUCUAUAAACAAUCAGCGAUUGUAAGGAAGUAAUGAAGACAAAGAAAAUGACUGUGGAAGGACAUUCAGCCUGUACAGUGCAAGUCACACCACCAGCCAAGAAACUGAAGCAAGCUCGCUUGCCGUUUCAAGUACUGGCGGCCAGUCCGGCUGGCUCAACGCCUUCACCUUUGUGCAAGUUAGUUAAAAAGAAGCGCAAACUCAGCGAAAGCUCGGAAGAUGUCAAGGUGAAGGUGAAGGUUAUGCGUUCUUGCACAAACAAGAAGCGAGAGUCGAAAGAGAAUGUUCACGACCCUGCAAAGCCCGUGGAGUGUGCCGGUAAAUUGGAAAACAAGAAGAAAGCCAGCGCUACAUCACCCGUUGCACGUUGCUCAAUUGAGCCCAAGAAAUGUGAAACUGAAACAGAGGACAAGACUGAAAACUUGUGUGAUGUAAUUUGCCUCAGCGACUCUGAGAGCGAUGCUUGUGUCGCUGAAGUGCCGGAUGAGAGGAAUGUUCGUAGUUCUAGCGUUAGUAAGAGGGUUUCAUUGCGGGGUCCAAAUAAUUCUCCUAGCUCAAGUAAGAGACAAAGUAGCAGGAAAGGUAACGAAUCAAAGAAGAAAUAUCUGACGCCAGUUGCCAAGCCUAUUGGUGAUUCGCAAACUGCAGAGCAUGAUGGGAAUGAAAGUACAUCAAAAAGUGCUGCAGGAAAAGUUGCCUCGAGGCUUGAAUCGGUUGCUAGCACAGUUGUGGAAAAUGGCAAACUUCUUAAGAAAAAUACUAGCACGAAAUCUGCAGCCAUUAAACUUUACAGUGCUGCGGUCACAGGUAAGUUGUCCCAAGAUGACGACGAUGACAACAUUGUGUUGUCAGAAUCUUCUGAAACCGAGAGUGAUGAAAGUGAAGAUCUUGAUAGCGAAGGAGAAGCAACAGCACAAAAAUCUCCUAGUGAAGCAGAAAUGCACAAAUCACCUGUCAAAGAAGAAACGUGUAAGUCACCGGUUAAUGGAAAAACGCGAAAGUCUUCCGGCAGAGAAAAGGCACAGAAAUCUUCUGAGUCUUCUGAGAAAGACUCUAAAAUUGAAAAAAAUGACCUGUCUGAAACGCAUAAGACACCAUUAAAGAAGACGCCCAGCCCGAGAGUAGCCAAUAUGAGUAAAAGGACUCCAAGACAAGUUCAGAAACAGCUGGAGUCAGAAAAAAAGAAAGAAGAAAAGGCCCGGCAGAAGCAGGAGCGUGAAAAAAGGAGAGCAGAAGAAAGAGAGGAAAAACGGAAGCAAAUAGAGCAAAAGAGGGAACAGCAAAGAAAGGAGAAGGAAGAGAAGGAAGAACAGAAAAAGAAGGAAAGAGAAGAAAAGGAAAAGAAGAGAUUAGCUGAGCUUGAGUUGAAGAAUGAGGAAAGAAAAGCUAAAGAGGAGGAGAGGAGAACCAAGGAGGAGGAAAGGAAGGCGAAAGAGGAGGAGAGGCGGAAACGCGAGGAGCAGAAAAUGCAAGAGAAGAAGCUAAAAGAGCAGGCCGAAGAAGAAGUCAAAAGGAAGAAAGAGAAGGAAGCAGCUGCAUUUACCAGUUUCUUCGUUCCUAAGAAAUCCGAACCAAAGCAGAUGGAGGCACAGCAGAACACAAGGCGAAGCUUUAGGCCUUUCAUGGUGAAGAACGACAUGAGGCUGGCGACGGUGUCGCGCGCAAGCCUGUCCGGCGGCAACAAGCACGAGCUGGAGCGCGCCAUCAGGGAGCAGUCCUGCACGGAGCUGUACCUGCGCGAGCUGAGGAGCGGCAAGAUCACGUCCAGGCGCGACGUGCAGACGUGGCCCCUCAAGGACCUGCAGGACGAGGUCAUGAUCAUAGAUGAUGACAUGGGUGGAAUGGACAGAGACAACCUCGUGAUGGAAUCUCACCCGCCAGUUAACAUUCCUCACCCGAAACUGCUUCAGUUUCACGAGAAUAAGCGGCCUCCUUACUGGGGCACUUGGACCAAGAAAAGUACCUGUGUUGGGCCUCGCAGGCCGUUUGGCAAAGAAGAGAACCUGUUCGACUACGAUGUGGACUCUGACGACGAAUGGGAGGAGGAAGAACCAGGAGAGAGUUUGAAUGGCUCGGAGGACGAGAAAGAGUCUGAAGAUGAGUACGAAGUGGACAAUGACUUCUUUGUGCCUCAUGGUUACCUCAGCGAUGAAGAGAAUUUCGAAGAAGAAGAGGGAGGACAGUCUCCAGAAACAAUGAAGGCUAAGUUGAAGCUUCUGGCAAUUGAGUUUGAAGAAGAGAGAAUGCAAAAAACUCAGCGACUGAAACCUGGUCUAAUUGGCUGUAUCUGGACUCGCGGUUCCACCGCCUCUACUAAAGUCGGGGAGCAGAUGAGGCAGUUUCUGGCUGCAUGGCGAGCCGUGUACCAAAGCAAUGGCCCUAUAGAACUGUCGGUGCCCGACGAAGAAGCCUGUCCGAGGAGUCCCAACUCUGAAGCCAAACCACCGGGUAACCAGUCAUCUGCCAAGCGCCGUAGGCGUGUCAAGUUUCCUGAAAGUGCACUUCCUGACCUCGUGAAGUUAAUUCAUGGGAACAAAAAUAGUCAGAACUUUCUGUUGAGAGAAUUCCUUGCCCACUGGCUGAAACAGCGCAGUUUGGAAACGGCGAGCAACAAGUGCGACGAGGAGGUGUUGCCGGCACCUGAGAGUGCCCCCGUCCUGUCGAAGAAGAGCAUCUUGAACAAAAUAAAGGAAAUAGCCACUUGGCAGCAGUGCCCGGAGGAAGGAACGAUGCACGGUCAGAUGUGUUGGUACGUGUCGAGCGAAACGCGCUCUGCUCUCGGGCUGUCCGACCUGAAGGUCCUGAACAUGUGGGAGUACAACUUGAAGCGACGCAGGCUGGCGGACAACGGCGAGAAAGUGAAUUCGCCCGUCUCUUGUGCUGGCGCGGCAGAUUCGAGCCACAGAUCCUGUCCCAACUCGGGCCAGCUCAUAACCAAGUUCACCAAGGUUCUCUCGGAGAAGGAGCGCCAGAAACAGCUCUCACCGAUAGCUGCCAAGAGCGAACGUGACACUGCCACUAAAACUAAAAGGAAAAUAAUUUUUCCCGUUGCUGAUUCGCCAUCUAGCCUGCCAUCGAGUCGCAAGAAAGUACAAUUGACAAGUCUGCCCAAAUCUUCUCACAGCCUCGUGAAAUACCUUAAGUCCCCAAAAAAUUCAACAGCAUCUAUGAAGCCUGAAAAUUCUCCUGAAGUGCAGUCUCAGAGCAAUGAAGAAGCAGCAGCAAUUGGAGACUGUAUUAUAAUAGAUUAAAAUUAAGUACUUUAAAUCCUAUAAAGUUUAUUAUAAAAUUAAUGUAGAUUUUAUACGUACAUAUUCAGUUAUUCAAUCAAAUAUCUUAACAUGUUUGCUGGUGAUAGUCAUUUGUAAUAUACUUGCUGUAAAUGUAGUCAGGGAAAACAACAGCUAUGUAGUUUGUGUGUUAUAGUUAUGAUUCCUGUAUAGUAAUAAUAUAUUAGUUGUAAAUACCUAAUAUAUCUUUAGUAACAACUAAGUUAUGAUUCUAAAAGGUGUCUUAAAGCCAUUAACAUAACUAUUAAUCCUAUCACUUGCAAUGCUCAGUUUAAACUGGUUUGAUCAUUAUUCUGACUGUGCAAUGAAGGGAAGUCCUACAAGUAAAGUUAUGGAAUCUCUCACACACACAAAAAAAAUAUUUGCUUGUCUUUCAGAAUGUUGAGUAGUCUUAUUACUUCUAACAUGCAAUGUAUUAUUGCCUUUUGGUGUUGGAAAUUUUUAUGAAUGCCAAAUUUAAGUCAUUACUAGAGACCUGUAAAAUUUGCGGAUUCAUUUCGCGAUAGGAUAGAGUCCAAAUACUUUUGACAGUAUUUUGCUUCAGUGAUUGAGCCACAGUUUAUCUGAAGGAUUCUGGGCCAACAGAAGAAUUAGCGAAUCACGAUCAUUCCAGUCAACAGGUGUCACGAGUCGGUAACCAAUCAGCAGAUGUAAUUUGCACGAGUGCAUGGAGGAUCAUGGAUUCUAUCCUUUAGGGGUUUGAAAUCGCUAGGGACCGGAAAAAUUUGUGGGUUCAAUGACCUAUAAGAUGAACUCCACAGUUCUACGUACACUCGGUCAAAUGUCACCCACUCAUUGGCUGCUGUCUUGUGAGACGUCCCAACGUAGCAGCCUGUGAUUUGAAAAAGCUUUGGCCGGGUGUUUCUCAUUGGCUCAUAGUCAUCCAGGUGAGUUGUGAGCCAAUAGCAGAGGCAGCACUGAUGUAUAACUGUUUGUAUUUUAGCCUAUCGCGAAAUGAAUUUGCGAAUUUUCCCGGUCUCUAGAAAUCGCGAAUUUUACAGGUCUCUAGUCAUUACUAGUAAAAAUUGCAACAAAAUUUACUCAGGUAUCAGCAGUUUGCCUCUUUUGCUGUGAAGUAGAGUAAUAAAAUAAUUUUGCCAGUGCAUUGAACCCUUCAGUUUAUUCAUCUACUGAGUGGACAGUUCAUAUCUCUAUGAUACCUGGAGUUUAUUAAACCUUUAAUGUAUGAGUUAAGGUGUGCCUGCAUUCUAGUGGACAUAAUUCUUUAUGGUUAUGAAAUAAAUAAUUAUACAUUAAUAUUAUUACUACACCGUAAUAUUAUUACCACACACAAAUUUUAACACUUAAUGGUAAAUCACAUAAAAUAAACGAUGCACAGAUUUACCUAAAACAUUUUUUAGUCAAUAGAGAAUUUUUUUUUUUUUUUUUUUUAAGUUACGGUGACUCAAUAUGUGCUGAAAACAUUCAGACUGUAUUCAAAAUCGUCCCACACUUUGUUAAAUGUGUCAAUGGUCUCAACCACUGUGAUUCGCUUUCUCAGAUCCGGCAAAGAUAGCAGGAGUGAUGGCACGAAUGCUUUGUCUUUGACAACCCCUUAGAAAGAAAUCGCAUGGGGUUAAUUCUGAUGAUCGCGGUGGCUAUCUGCCCCACACCGCAUCAUCGACACUUGCACGAAUGAGCCAUCUCUCAGGAAGAUGUGUGUUUAGGUGUUCCCUUACAGCCAUGUGGAAGUGUGACGGGGCACCAUCUUGUUGGAAGAUUACAUUUUUUUGAAUCUUCUCCCAAUUGAGGUAGAAGCCACAAGGUAAGCAUGUUGAAGUAUGAAUGACCUGUGACAAUUUUUUCAAUGAAAAAGAGUGGCUUGUAAAUCUUCUUCCUCGACAUGCCAUAAUACACGUUCACUUUCAGGGAAUCUCUCUCAUGCUCAAUGGUGACAUGAGGAUUUUCUGUUCGCUAAAAAAACGUUUUGGCUUUUGACUUGGCCAUUCGUGUGGAAUUUGGCCACGUCUAUGAAAAUUAAUCUCAUGGAUAGGUUGUUAUUCUCGAUCCUCACAAGCACCUCAGAAAAGAAUGUAGAAACAAAAUCACACCGAUUACCAACUGCAUGCUAUAUUUAGGCCACUAGCUGAAGGAGUGGUGCUGGGACGCCAAUGGUUUGCUUUUCUUCGAUCUUUCUUUAUCAUAUUGUAAGUUUCGUGUGGAAGAUACCUGCUUUUUAAAAUAUUACCUUUGAUUCCGUAUUUAUUUACCCAAAAGUCCCAUUCUAAACUCUGAGAAAAGAACUCUGUAGUUUUUAAUUAUUUUUUCUAGUUAAAUGCUUAUAAUGGAGAUAAUUAUAGGACAUUAUAAAUACUCUGGAGGUUUUUGUAAAAUAUUAUCCCUAGUACUGACAUUGUUAGUUAAUCAUUAUUUAUUCUUACAACAAAAGUACUAAUAAAUGUAGCAAUAUUUUCAGUGAAAUAUUUUAACUAUUGAUAAGCUGUGACUGAUAACUUGUUUACUGUAAUGGAAAGAAAAAGUUGUCAUGAAUGUAAAAUGGCUACUGAACUGGGCUGUUUUGUUUAUUGCAGUGAGGCACCAUUAAUAACUUAGUCAUGAUUGACCAAAAUAAAUGCUGUGUUACAAAGACUAUAAAAGAAACAAAUUAGAAAAUUGCUGAAGAAGCAAGUGUAACAAAUUUUUUUACUUCUAAUUCAAAUUACAAAAAAAAAAAGUGUGUGCGUGGAGUUCAUACACGACAGAGUUUAAAGUAUGCUGCAUCAUUUCUUCUUCUCCCCUGCCGUCUUCUCCUCUACCGGUUCCCCCACCACCACCACCACCACCACAUAACUAACUAUUCCCCUCAUCUUACGGUUCCCCUACCUCGUUCCUAACUAUUCUCCUUAUGCGAUCAGAAUUUUUUUAACGCUCGAAAAUUGUAGGCCCUUCAGCAAAGAACUUUCACUUCAAAAUAUUAUUUUUUCUUUUAAUUCAGGUAUACAACUUUACAUGCUAAAAUACUUUCUUCCGGCAACAUGAUUUCCUAUUUCCCAGGGUUUUUUUGACGUGAUAACGUCUUAUAAAUCGAUGAACGCCGGCCGCAUGCACAAAAAUGUGUCACGUUCCACCUGAGCCGAGCGUGCAAGAACCAGCCAACCUCCGUGCGAGAAAACCUUCUAUAAUAUCAAACAGGUUAAGGCGGGCUUUUUAACUAAUUGUUCAUGAUUAUAUUUAAACAAAUUAUUUAAAUUAAAUUUGCAAAAUCUGUAAAUAAUAUUUGAAAAUUAAAAAGUAAACAAUUUUUCAUCAGUGUUUUCUUAUGACAUCACGUAAAAUUAUUGUCCGUAAACCAACUUUACUGACAACCCCCUUUUUUUUUAUCAUUUGUGGUUUUUCAGUAGCCGUAAUUGGUCGCAACUGCAAACCUUUGAUCAUUAUUUCAAUAUAUGUCUUUUUCACAAAAACACACACUGAUAAUCCACAAUGAAGAGGUUUGGUAAGAAACAAGUCUUGGAGCUUGAUGGAACUUGUGCUAUGCAGCAUUGCCAUGUGGCAUUGUAUGGUUUUUAAUAAGCUAUGCACCAUGAUUUUAAAAAUUUAUUUUACGAAAAAUUAUGUUUGGUUUAUUGAAGAAAACUACAGUACUAAAUGUGCUCCAAUUAUCUUAUUUUCUUAUAAACUGUGAAACUGCACCUUAUUUUGAUUUAAUACAAUUUUUAAACAAAUUGCACUGUUUAUCAUGAAAAAUAUUCAAGAACGCAUAUUAAGAAAUAAAAAUUGAAUACAUAAACCCACAGAUAACAAGCCUAAAUCAGCUAUGUCAAACAGAUACACCAGUUGAUGUACCUAAACAGAUAUUGUGGACAACACCAAUACAGUAGGUUUUCUAUGACAAAACAGUUGUGAAUUUUUGGUAAAUGGCAUAUGUUCCCAUCAUCAGGCACAGACAGACUGGCAUCAGACAAGCAUCAGUCUGUGCCUGAUAUUGUCGUGUUGUCUAUAAUAUCUGUUUAUCUUCAUUGUUGUGUUCAUAUAUUUGCUGCAUUAUACAGCUUUUUUGUCGGCCUGCAUUUACUAUUGUUGAACUGUCUCAUGAUUUUUAGCCCAUUGUGUUUGUGUGUGCUGUUAUUAUUUUUUCUCGACUAAAUUCCUUCCACGGAAUUUUUGUGCUGUCUGAUAUUUAAGUUUAAAUGUGUGUGUCUGUGAUGUCUUUGUAUUGUCCAUAAUACCUGUUUGGGUACACAGUUUGGUUUAUCUGUUUUACGUAGCUGAUUUAGGCUUGUUUUCUGUGUGUUUUGUGUUUCCAUUUUUAUUGCUUAAUUUGCGUUCUUGAAUUUUUUCCAUGACAAACAGUGCAAAACUGCAAUGGCAUAUGUCCAAGAAAUUGUAUUAAAUCACACCUUGGUGUGCUGAUGGUAGGCCAAUUUACAGCCCAGUUGUUCACUUAUUUUGGUCUACUCAAUGGCUACAUCUGCACAGAGAGUUAUCAUUUACUGUUAAAUUAUAUUUCUUAAAUAGGUCAAAUUUUUUUUGUGGGAUACUUGUAAACAUGAAACAUGACUGUCCCUUCUGGUUAAAUUAGUGACAUUUGAACAUAAUUUUUAGUUAAAGGGUGUGAAGGUUAAUUAUGGAAAAAUAUUUGAAAAAGUAAUGUUUUACUAAACUACUCAAGUAAAUUCAGUUCUUAAAUUUGCAUAAAAUAUAAUUUUAAAGAAAACUAGUGAAGUGAGCAGUUUUGAACCAUGUAAUACAUAUGCAAAUAUGGCCACUUUUGUGAUUUUUUUAGUUAUAUGGAUGAAAACAUGUAUAUAUAUAUAUUUUUUAAUUUAUGUUUAUCUAGACUAUUACACUCUGAUAAAAAAUAACUUUCGUAGGUCUGUAUUAUUUAAUAUGUUUCCACAAAUUUGUGCUUAUAGGUAAUUUUCCAGAUGAAAGGUAUGAAGCCAAUCCUACUAUGUCUUGUCAAAAGCAGCUUGGAAAGUGAGAGCUCUAGGAAAGAUUUUUAUACAAAUUAAAUUUUUUUAUAUUAUUUUGUAUUUUGUAGAUAACUAGUCCAUUAUCUAAUAUACAAAAAAUUGGAAAUAAUUUAAUUUAAUAUUUGCAUAAUCAACCCAAGUUAUUGUUUCUAUUUUGUUGGUAACCUGUUCUAUCUAGGUAGUUUAUUAAGGAAUAAAUUUCAGCCAGAAGUGUAUUACUAAAAGUGUCUUGCGUGUUUUAAUGUUAAAACAUUUUUAUCUAGAGAUUUAUGGUUUCCAUAAACUACUGAAUAUUCAACAUAAUAUUUUUAGUGUAGAUAAAGCUAUUUCUGUUAACAUUUAUCAUUUACUUACUAAUAAAUUAAGAAAUGUAUUUAUAAGCUGGUAUAUAUGCUUUGUAUGGAACUAUAUUUUCACUUUUUUGUGCUUUGUAAACGAACCUUUUACUAUUAUAAUAGCAAAGAAAUUUUUACACUGGCUGUAGGAAACUUCGUUUCCAUUUUUUUUUUAGUUAGGACAUUGUCACUUUGUACAUGUAGAUAUAUACGAUUGUGCCUUUUCAUACUCUGGAAUAAAUUUAGAUUUUUAUAUGAAUUAAUGUAAAGUACAUUAGUUUUAGAACCUAAAGGUUUAAAUGAAGUUUAAUUCUUAGAAUAAAAUGUUUUUGUUUUAAUUUUGCAUUUUAAUAUUGAUUGGUUUGGACAAAGCUUCUGAGAGCUCUGUUUCAGGGAAACAAAUAGUAAGGGCUGCUCAAUGUCAUUGUCUCAAAUAAAAAAUUUUCAACCUUGAA